AUGGAUCAUCUCCUCUUCGUAUCGCGCGAUAGCUCCAGUUAUACCCCAGUUGAACAAUUGAUUGUAAAGCCACGAAACACCCUCGUCAAAGACCUCGAACGCAGUGUCUUCCUAGCCACGAGGGACGUCGUGGAAGACAAAUUCGCGGUAUUCCUGCACUUGGGCAAUGGAAGCGAGGCAAUCUUUGAAAGACUCAAGAUCUUCGAAGUCUUCGCACGAUUGCUGUGUGAUCAACGAGGAUGGCUGAGGAGGAGGGGUAUCGUCUGA